AUGGCGGCGGAGGGUCCCCUGCAGGAGCUGUGCGAGGAAGCCUCUUGCUCCAUCUGCCUGGACUUCUUCAGGGACCCGGUGACCAUCGCCCAGUGCGGCCACAACUUCUGCCGCGCCUGCUUGCUUCGGUACCUGGGGGCGCCGGGGGCCGAGGCUUCCUGCCCCCAGUGCAGAGGGCGAGCGCAGGAGGGGGGCCUCCGGCCCAACCGGCAGCUGGCCAACUUGGUGGGGAUAAUCCAGAAACUCAGUCCGCGGGAGGGAAAGAGGGGAGAAGGCAAGGGGGGCGUCUGCGAGCAGCACCAGGAGCCCCUGAGGUUUGUCUGCAAGGAGGACGUCGCCCUCCUCUGCGGGGUCUGCCGCAGAUCCGAGGAGCACCAAGAGCACCAGGUGAUCCCUCUGGAGGAGCCUGCCGGAGAGAAGAAGGCAGUCCAGGCAGCUAGAAAAGAGAGAGUUUGCCAGAAGCACCAGGAGCUGCUGAAUCUCUUCUGCAAGGACGAUGAAGCCCUCAUCUGUGUGGUCUGUGACCAGUCCCAGGAGCACAACGAUCACAAAAUCAUUCCUGUGGAGGAGGCUUCCCUAGAGUACAAGGAUCAGUUCUGCAAUUGUAUGGAGGUUCUGCGCAAGAAGAAGAAAGAAAUACUGGCGUAUAAAGCCAGUAUAGUGAAGAAAAGCCAGGACCUGAUGAAGCAAACCAUAGGAGAGCGGCAGGAGACAAUGACCAAAUUCAGGCAACUGCAUAAGUUUCUGGAUAAGCAGGAGAAGCUUGUGCUAGCCCAGAUGGACGAGCUGGAGAAGGAGGUGGCAAGAAACCGGGAUCAGCACCUGGCCAAACUCUCUGAGGAGCUCUUCUCUCUGAACAGCCUCAUCCGGGAGAUGGAGGAGAAGAGUCAGCAGCCGGCCAGUGAACUCCUUCAGGAUGCCAGAAGCACCUUGCAGAGGUAUGAAGAUAAGGAGGCAUUUGAGAAUCCAGUGGCUUUUCCUCUUGCACUGAAGUGGUGCGUCUGGGAUGUAAAUCUUCUUUUGGAGGGUAUCAAGAAGCAAUUCAAAGACACUCUGGAUUCUGGACUUCACGUGCAGAAAGCAAAUGUGACUCUGGAUCCGGACACGGCCCAUCCCCAGCUCAUCCUGUCUGAGGAUCGGAAAAGCGUGAGACGGGGAGAAGAAGCUCAAGAUCUGCCCAGCAAUCCUGAGAGAUUUUCCACAUAUGGUGCUGUUCUGGGUCAUGAGGGAUUCGCGGCAGGUCGCCAUUUCUGGGAAGUCCUUGUGGGAAGUGAGGAAAGAUGGUGUGUGGGGGUGGCCAGAAAGUCCGUGGAGAGGAAAGGACGCUUCACCUUUAGUCCUGAGGAAGGGAUAUGGGCUGUGGGGAAUGUGGGUGCUACUGGGCCUGCCUUAAAAGACGACCCUCCCCUGUCCCUGACCGGGGAGCCCAAGAGGAUCCGAGUCCGCCUGAACUACGCUGGGGGCCGAGUGGCCUUUUUCGACGCUGACCGAGGAUCCCUGAUCUACGAGUUCUCCGGAGCCUCCUUCUCUGGAGAGACCCUCCUGCCCUUCUUUCGGGUGUUUUAAAAAGGCCACCUCAA